UUGUGUUCAAACAAACUCUCGUUGGCAGCGCGCCAACACGCGGCCCGAAUUAGAUCGAGACUGUUAUUCAGUUACGCUUACGUUACUCUAACGUCUGGAAUCUCACAUUCAUCAGUAGUUCACGUAUUCGCCAUGGAUCGCCAUCAUCCCUUACAUUCAAGUUUCCACAGUUCCAUGAGGAGUAGGGACUCCUCAUCAACUGCAGGCAGCGACCCCCGGGAAAAGAUCAAGGACUGUCUACGUAAAUUCAUAGCAUUCAUGUUUACACAAGUGGGUGUUGGAGCGUUAGUUGUUUGCUAUGCCAUACUUGGAGCUGCAGCCUUUAUGCACAUAGAGAAAGACAACCCUGACCAGCAGCUGGAGGACGUCAAAAGCUGGAGAAAAAACUGCGUUGACAACAUGUGGUUUUAUGCAGAAACUGUAAACACAUUGAAUGAAACUUAUUUCAAAGUGAAAAUAAACGAAUAUUUGAUUGCGUACCAAAAAAAUAUUACAGAAGCGAUACAUGAUGGUUACAGCGGUAAAUCAGCAGAAGAUAUAUGGUCAUUUCCUGCUGCGCUUAUGUACUCACUAUCUGUGUUCACCAUGAUUGGUUAUGGAAACAUUGUGCCUAAAACUGUAUGGGGUAAAAUAUUUACCAUAGCGUAUGCUUGCUUUGGGAUACCAAUAUACAUUCUAUAUUUCUGCAAUAUGGGUAAAGUUCUUGCCCAAACAUUCAAAUGGCUGUAUAUAACAACUCAUGAAUGUAGUAGACGGGAAGACCCGUUAUUUGAAGACGGCGAGUCUCAAACUGUGAGAAAAAAGAUCACAGUACCGUCAACAGCUUGUCUAUGGGUUAUAUCUUUCUACAUCCUGACUGGAACAAUAAUGUUUGGUGCUUGGGAGAAAUGGAACUACUUAGACUCUACAUACUUUUGCGUAAUUAGUCUAUGUAAGAUUGGGUUCGGAGAUUUUGUUCCUGGAGCUAAUAUAUCAGAUUCGGCUGGAGGGUCACAUUUAAAGUUAGUUAUCAAUUUUAUUUAUGUGCUAUUAGGUAUGGGACUUGUUGCUAUGUGCUAUAAUUUAAUGUCUGAGGAUGUCAGAGUGAAAGUGAGGGAGCUGAAGGAGGAUUUAAAAAACUGCUUGGAUGAUAUUACUUUGAAAAUCACUGUGUGCAUGAAUGAUACUAAAUAUUAUCAUCAGAAACAGCAUAGACAUAAAUAAAGCUAUAAGUUCGUAUUAAUGUUAUUAAUGAGUGUU